AAUGGAUCCUGGAUUUGGUGCGAUGAGUCCUCGUCCUGCGACUGGACCAAUCAGAAGGAAGCAGAGUCCAGAGGAGGCGGGGCUUGCACAGAAAUUAUAUCAAAAAGUGGAGAACUGAGGUCGGCCCCCUGUGAAGAACUCCGGUUCUACGUCUGCUCCAGGUCUGCCCGUUUGGACUCCUCUGAACCCAGCAGCCGGGAACCACCUGGUCCAGGAAUCGUCCCCGGCGUGAGUUUGUUCGACGUUCUGUGGGAUUCCAGCUCGAUCCUGGCGGAGGAGAUUCUCCGCUCGUCCUCGCUCCUCAGAGCGUUCCGAUCUGGUUCUAAGACGGGUCUCUGUCAGUCCAGGUUCAGCCAGCAGGAGGCGCUGUACCUGCACCGAGUCAGCAGCACGCUGCAGGUUCUGGUGAAGGGUCUGCAUGAAGCUGAUGAGAUCCAAUCCCUGCUGGUGGACACGGUUACAGAGUACAGCCGAAACAAUCAGAACCUUGGUUCUGCUCCCGCUCCACAGUGGCUCCAGUUCUCCCUCCAGUCUUUCCACUCGGUGGUUCUGGAGGAUCCGGUCUACUGGCUGGUGGCUUUGUCGGCUCGGGUCUGCCUGCAGGACUUCCUGACUCAGAUGCUGCGUUCUGAGCUCCGCCCACAGAUGUCAGAGGUUCAACAUCUCAAGCAGAAGUGGAGAAACGAGAACGCCAUGCUUCUCUGGCUGCACAGGUACAAAAAGGUUCUGGAGGAACGUCAGGAGAAGAUGGACGUCUACAAAUCCAUCAACAUCUUCAGAGAGCAGAUGAUGAACGAGCAGAGACUCCAUGAAUCUGUGACCUGUGAGGAUGAAGAUGAUGAAGAAAACCCUGACUGGUUGUAGCUGCAGAACUGAAAUAUUUGGUUGUAAAGUGACUGUUUCCUGCUCUGAGGAUAAUUUUACCAGA